AGCUUGUUUAUGUGUAGGACGAGCACUCGCAGAUCCAAAUCCAUGAAGAACCUGUCAUUUCAACUUUUUGUUUGUUGGUAAAUGUGAAAGCAGGUUGAAAGCGUGGUGGAUGUAGUAGUUUAGACUUGUGUUUCUCCAUGGUCGUGCUGUUUGGUCUCCGAGAUCAUCGUGGAAAUUGAGAUAGCAAGAUGGGAGUGUCGAUACUGCUCGUUCUCCUGGUGGUUCUGUCAUCCACGAGCUCCGCAAUUUCAUCUGAGUCUUCGUUGAUGGACUAUUUCUUAUUGGCCGACAACUCCAGUAGCUCGACGAAUGUGACCAGGUGUUCUGGUGUGUCAGUGGAUUUGCCGAAAGUCUUCUUGUCAGGUGUUGCUGUACCAGUCACAAUUCAUUUGCCAGACUAUGUGUCGAGGACGUUGAACGGCUCAGAGACCGGUGAUAAUGGCAACGAGGACAACUCUACUGUUGACCUGAUGCCGCUGCCGGAGAGCAUGUACUACGAGAUCCACCGCUCUGGCAAACUGCUGGUGAAUGGAACGCUGAGCCGCAGUCAGCGCGAUGGACAAGCUGUGUCGUUAACUCUGUCCGGACACGGUCACUCUCAGUUGCUGUUCUACAUCCAGGAUGUGUGCGAGGAACACGUAGAGGAGGUGUUCAGUAUACCAGCAUGGCUGUCGAUCUUUCCACCGCUUGUCACUAUUAUCUUGGCCAUCUUCUCGAAACAAGUGCUGGUAUCGCUCUGCGCUGGCAUUUUCCUUGGAUGCUUCUUCCUGUUCAGAUACAAUCCUUUGACAGCGUUUCUGCACACAUAUGAUAUGUACCUGGUCAAUGCUGUUGCUGAUCAAGGUCAUGCGGAGAUUCUUGUUGGCACAUUCCUGCUGGGCGGAUUGAUCGGUGUCGUGCAGAAAAGCGGUGGUGCUUAUGGGCUGGCAAAGAUCUUACGGCGGCUGGCCAAGACACGGCGAAGCUCUCAACUCGUGGCCGUGGGCAUGUGCUUUCUGGUGUUCUUCGACGACUACAGUAACAUUUUGAUCGUAGGCAACACCCUACGCUCGGUUAUGACGUCAUCCGGCAUCAGCAAGAACAAGUUUGCAUCUAUAAUUCAUUCUAUGGGACCUCCCAUUGCGAGUAUUGUGCCAAUAUCCAGUUGGAUUGGUGUUGAGAUCGGCACAGCCAAGGGUGCCCUGAAGCACAUCGAUGGCAUUAACGAGGAACCGUUCAUCUACGUCAUUCAGACAAUACCGUAUCGGUUCUUCCCCGUCAUCAUGCUCUUCUUUCCACUGAUCAGUGCGCUGAUUGGCUGGGACUUUGGUCCCAUGCUGAAGGUGGAACGUGAGUCUUCGCACAAGCACCGUUCUCUCACCUCCACCGUCCAGUCCAACUCCGUCGCCAACUAUGGCUCCGUUGCCGAAUCUGAGCCGUGUUUGGAGCCGGAGUUAAUGAGCAAGGAAGAGGACGUGCAAGCGGGAGCUUUGGAGCCGAAGAAGGGCGUCCCGCAGAGAUGGUUUAACUCCGCCGUGCCUUUUCUCAUCGUCAUGGUGGUUACGUUCGUCGGCAUGAUCCUCAAUGGCCGCCAGGUUGCCAAGGAGCAGGGGUUGGACAUGACCCUGGUGAACUUUGUCGGCAACUGCGAUGCCGUCGCUGCCCUUAUUUGGUCGUCGGCACUGGCCACUUGGGUGGCUCUCAUUCUCAUGUUACUGCAAAAGAUCUUCACCUUUCCAGAGUUUAUGGAGGCAUGGGUGAUCGGUGUCAAGGAGCUACUGGAGCCCGUGCUCAUUCUCAUCUCUGCCUGGGCGCUGGGCAGUAUUGUCGCUGACGUGCAAGCCAGCUCCUGGGUGGCCAGUAGUAUCCCGGCGAGCUUCAAGGUGGAAGCCAUUCCCGUGCUAGCUUCCAUCCUGGCCUGCGUGAUGUCGUAUGCGACCGGAUCGGCGUUUGGCACCAUGUCAAUUCUGUUUCCUCUCAUUGUUCCUCUGGUCGGAAAGAAAACCUCCAGCAAGGCAUUACUCCAUCAAGCGGGCGGGGCCAUUUUUGGUGGCGCAAUUUUCGGAAACGUGGUGGCGCCCAUUGCGGACGACACGAUUCUGACAACGCUCUCGGCACCCAUUGCUCUCACCGACCAUCUCAAAACACAGUCUCCAUACGUCUUUCUGGUCGUGGCCAACACAGUGAUCCUGGGUGAUGUCAUGGUGGCGUUCGACUGCUACAACGCCUACGUGGGCCUGCUGCUCUGUAUCCUGUCACUGGUGGCUACCAUCAUUCUGAUUGGACAGUCACCCCAGCAGCCGGGCAGAACACCACUGUUCUUCCGAUUCUACUAUUUCCUGAAGUCGAAAAUCUGGAAAAAGCCACCAGCGGAGCAGCAGUUCACUGGCGCACUUUUGCCCUCGGACCUGACGGAAAAUUCACUGACCGGUGAUCAGACAUCGCGUCUUAUCUAGCUUCUUGCUCUUCUCCUUCUUCUUCGCCGGUGUUCUCCGCACACUUCCUGUUGAAGGUUCUCUGGCCUGGUGAUGUCAUGGUGAUGUAAUGGUGAUGCCAUAGUGAUGUAAUGGUGAUACUAUGCUGAUGCAAUGGUGAUGUAAUGGUGAUGCGAUGAUGAUGUAAUGGUGAUGUCACGCUGAUGUCAUAGUGAUGCAAUGGCCGGAAUGUACACCGGUGCUUGAUCAGCAGUACCCUGUUAUCUUAGUGCCCUGCUGUUCGUGAGAAUGCCGCAUCAGUCAAAUCAUAGUCUAUACAUAGCAGCAGCCUUUAUGAAUCCACGCUGUUUGAGCAGGUCUUGAACAUGUCUUGAGCUUGUUUUGAGCAUGCUUUGAGCAUGUUUGUCGUCAAUGUUGCACUAUUAGCUUGGAAGUAGUGCUCGUUUGUUGAGGUGUCUUUCGUCCUUUAAUCAUGGGCGGUCGUCAUGCUUUUACUUCUCAUGCCAUACCAGACCCAAAGGGUUUCUUCUCCGACCGGAAUGGCUCUUCCUUUGACUUUCAAAACGUUCAAACAUCUAUAAAAGUAUAAAUAAAGUUAAUAGGUGUCAUAUGAAAAGAGUUAUUUCCACCGGCUUGAAUGUGGCAUGUGCUGCUCUGCUGCUCCCGCGCCUGUUUAUUUCUGGUUUUACACUCCACUGUAUCGACAGCACGUGACUUUCCGCCUUUUUAUUUUUAAUAUAAUCAUUUGGAGACUUUCAUCAAUAAUAAUCGUUACCUUUUCCAAGCCCCAAUUCAACUUCCAAACACCGUACUUGUGCUCAGUUGUAAAUUUUGCAGCACCUCCUGAAGUACUUCUUACUUCUCAACGACGAUUUCAUCUUUUGUACUAAUGGACUAUACAUGUACAUCUUGCCUUGAUCUUUUUACUGUUUCCCAUCUUUGUCCAGAUACCUUUACAUUGAUUGAAUUUUGAUUCUUUACCGUUUGCGACUCGCCAACACUGUUGAAUUAUUCCAUGAGAUAUUUGACCACUAGAUUGGUGUGUAUGGGCAAACAGCUAGCCCGUUCUCAUCUAGGCAUACUUGAAGUACUACUUUCAUUCAUGCUGUCUUUCUGUCCUACAGCUGGCACAUCUAUUUCUUUGACGGGUUUUUUACUGUUUCGUUUUCAAAGAAGUGCUCCCUUUAUAGUCGGUGUCUGUUUUCGUUUGGUUUUUACGUUCAAAGUGAUUUACAGAAGCCAAGUAUGUUGGUAUCGCGUGGUGUUGCAUGGUGCUAUGCUGUUGCGCAUCAUACUCCGAGCUGGGUGUACACUGCAACAUGUACGUUGUAAUGUUAA